AUGGAAAACAAGACACCGAUCUCAGUUGUCACUGAUGGCGAUGGUGCAAUGAGAAAUGCAAUAAAGGCAGUUAUUCCUUCUGCCCGUCACCGAUUAUGUGCUUGGCAUUUAAAAAGAAAUGUGGUUACCAAUACAAACAAGGGAUUCGUUCAUGAUUUUGGUGUGGCUAUGGACAUGAUUUGCAGCCAUGAGGAGUUUGAAAGAAGGUGGCAUUUGCUAGUUAAGAAACACAAUUUGAGAUAUAACCAAUGGGUUGUGUUUUUGUACCAAAAAAGGGAAAAAUGGGCUGCUGCAUUUUUGAGGGGUCACUUUUUUGCUGGAAUGAAAUCAACGCAAAGAUCAGAACAAUUGAAUGCUACAGCACACAAGUACCUUCAAUUCAAAAUGCUACUUUACCCUUUUGCUCAACGAUUUGAGCUAUUUUUAUCAAAAGUUAGACAGAAUGAACACAAGGAAGAAUGUAUCACAAGUCAGUCAUCUCCUGUUCUAAUUACUCAUUUGAGAGAAUUAGAAGGAAAUGCUGCAAGUAUUUUCACGAGAAAGAUUUUUUUAAAGAUUCGUGAUGAAAUUUCUGCUGAAGCCUCACUUCGCCUCAUUUUAGUUGUUGAUCAAGAUAAGGUGAAGUUAUAUACAUACACUGAGUACUUGCAUCGAAUUUGCUCUUGGCAAGUGGAAUUGGAUAAAUCUGAAAGGAUAUUAUUUGUUCAUGUAAGAAACUUGAGUCGGAUGGAAUUCCUUGCUCCCAUGCGUUUGCAGUUAUGA